AUGGCUUCUAGGAUUGCCCUUUUGUUAUCAUGGACCGGCGUACUGUUCUUCUUCAUUAUGAUCGCUGGACUGAGCUUCGGCGUCCACCAACUUCUUACGUACAUAGGGGCAGGUCGUGGUGAACAGCAGCUUGCACAGCCAUUUUCCAGGCAAGUCGCCGUGGUGACCCCCGUGUCCCGCUCGAGGCACCUCCAGCCACCAUCGUCCAUAAGCAAGCCCGAGGCCUCCGUUGAGGAGCCAGCGGCUUCUUCGUCAGCCGCAGCGCUAGGGGCUGCAGUGGGUGUAUGCUCAACGGAGGAUGGAGGUAGCAACAUUGCUGUGAAUCCCGGGCCCCAAGGAGACACCAAGGCAGGCGGAGUGACGGCAGCAUCAGCUGCGCAAAAUGAGAUCGAAGCUGCUGGAACACGCAGUUCGGGAGGUCCGGGAACUGCCAGCAGUGCGCUUGCAGAUGCGUCAGAGAUUGAUACGGGAGGCGAGGUGGAAACAGAGUCAGAGAAUAUCGUUGCGGGCCAGUCUGGGGAGGUUGCGGUUCAGCAGCCUGCACCUGGACCUUCGCUGCAGCCAUCUGCCGUCGCAAGCACAGCCGACCGGGCUUCAAACUCCAAUGCAGCGAAAGCCCCGCAACCGGUACCCAUGAGGGAAAGCGGUCCACUCGCUGCUGUGGAAGCUGCGGGUCGGGCUGUCGGUGGGCAAGGGAGCCAGGGAGCGCCAGGCCCUGCAGCCUUCCAUGUGCCAGUCGACAUGGUGGAGCCAUCCGCAUUGGAAGACAGCACACCUCAGGCAGCACCUGAAGCAGCCGCACAGGUGCUCCAUAUUUCGUCUCCUAACUGCGGUGCCGGCAGUAGCGGCAGCUUUGGUGGUCUGCGUGGCCGUUUAGCUGCACCAGCGGAGCAGGUGCUCUCCGCGCCUGGGCCGAGUAGUAAUAUUGAAGGGCGACCCCGGGAACGCACUGCAAGUUCCUUUGGUGACGCUAGCGCUUUCCCCUUGGGCCCUGGAUCCCCUGGACCCGCCGCCAGCGUGGCACCGCAAGCUGAGCCACGGAUGUCACUCCCAACCGUGCUACCCGAGCCGCUGAGCCGAGCACCGGACAGCUCUGCACUGGAGCGCCUGCCUAGUGACUCGUCUUUGGGCAGCCUCCGCGAGCGGGCCCAGCUAGCGCUGCGUGCUGCAGCUGCGGCGGUCGAGGCCUCCCAGCGCGCGGCCGCAUACGCUGCGGCUGCCAGCAAUGCGGCAUCACGUGCAGCAGAAGCAGCGGAGCGAGCGGCGACAGCGGCCACUCUAGCACAGGCUGGGCUAGAGAGUGCGGCUGAAAGUGCCAUCGUCGCGGCGGAGGCACGAGUUGCCCAGGCGGCAGAGGCGGCCAAGGAUGCUGAGGCAGAUAUUGCUCAGUAUGCCGCGACUGUGCAGAAGCCCGCUGCCCCGGGACCUUUGAGUCAGUUGCAGCAGCUUUGGCGCAGCGCCAGCUCCGCGUUCACACACGGACACCAGCAGAGCCAGCGGGAUGGUUCAAGCGAGGAGUUGUCUGGGGCUAGCACCACCGCUGGCAUCGACAGCGCGGGGAGUGGCACGCGCAGAGACAGAACCGCCCCCGACGAUGCCGGUGGCAGCGCUAGCGGAGGAAAUGUGGGUGUUGCGGCAGCCGAGACGAUAAGCUCAACCGUGAAGGGGCUGCUGUCGUGGCUGGGCCAAGGCGACGGGACGCGAUAA